AUGGCACCGGCUCAUACACCGCCAGCAGGGUCUCCACCACCAGUGUUCUCGCCGCAACGGCAAGCCCAAAUUGCUGCUGCUGAGCAAGAGGGUGCCAAUCUUGUUGCAUCCAUCUAUGCUUCAGGCGAGCUCCCUGACUUCACAAUCAAUGACGAUGACUGGGAAGACCCUGUCGAGUCUGAUGACAGUGGCAAUAAGGGCAUGUCCAAUCCGCUUUCCCCUGUGCAACCUGCACAACAUGAUUAUCUCUCACCUAGCUCCUCACCGUCACUUCUCACACUGCCUCUACCUCCUGCUCCCGAUGGCUCUAACCUGCCAGUUCCUGACCUUCCGCCAAACCCAUUUCAACGUCCGAGCUUCACUCCAGCUCCUAUUCCCAGCCCCGCCAAUGUUCAUCUUCAUCCGGUUGCCUACCUCAUCUAUCUCCUGCUCUUCUGCACGCUCUGCUGGGCCGAGCAGAAGAAGAAGGUACCCUUUACGGCGAAGAUCUUUGAGGAAAAUGGAUAUCCUUGUCGCACUAAUGAGCAACAUCGGCAUUAUCAAGCUGAGUACCAGGCUUGCAUGACAGAUGGCGCUCGUGAGGCAUUCGUGAAAAAGCAUGCCAUUAGAUGGAGUGAAUUUUCUCACCUGCCGUACUUCAAUUUCGAGAAGAUGGUGGUUGUUGAUUGCAUGCACAAUCUAUUCCUUGAACUGGUCAAGACUCAUUUUUACCAUAUUUGGGUGAAGUCUAAGGUUCUGCACAAGACAAAGGAGUUGAACCACUUGGAUGCUAUUCUCAACAAGAUGUCUCUAUUAGCAAAGGUCGGCCGGCUACCACAGCUGAUUGGAGAAUCUGCCAGCAGAUCCCUGACUGCUGAUCAAUGGCUCGUUCUGUCAACACUGAUUGGCCCCCUUGCUAUCCCGCAAAUAUGGCAGGACUAUAUGUCUGCAGAUCCAGCUGCCAUACUUGCGGCAUGCAAGGCUAGCAUAGCCUCAACUAUUGCUGAAAAACGUUCAGCGGCCGCAGCAAAGCGGAAAUCUGCGCAGCAAAAGAAGCGCACCAAGGGCAAAGCCACCCGCAAGCAGACUUCUCCUGUUGCAGAGAGUUCAACAGCAACUCGACGGUCUCAACGGGCUUGUCAGCCAACAAACCGAGCACUCAGUGUUGAUGCAGCUUCGGACAGUGAUGUUGGCAAAUCAGAGGGUAAAUGGCUCGAUGACGGAGCUGUUGAUGACAUUGAAGACAAGACGUUCAAUGACGAAAUGCCUUGGCGCAAGAGAGCACGUGGAGACAACGCAGCUGACGACUCUCACAAGCUUUCACAACUUGUACCAGAUGACGUUGUCAAUUUUCUCAAGCUCUGUGAGGCCUUGCAAUUGCUUCUCCAUGGAGAUAUCACAGAUGACCAGAUCAUCCAAGCUGACAAGCUCAUUCAAAAGUAUGGAAUUGGUCUUAUCGAGUUAUACGGACCAGAAGUUCUGAAGCCGAAUCAUCAUUACACAACACAGGUCGGAAAGUUUGUUUGA